GUGCUGUUGCUGGGCGGUGCGGGGGGGGGGAGACGCAGGCGAUGGACAGGCUGCGGGCGCUGCUCAGCAGGAGCUUCGGCCUCGUCAAACAGCUGGUGGGAACCGACCACCUGGGCAACAAGUAUUACUGCAUCCCCCGGCAGGAAGGCUGGGCAGGUCAGUCUGUCCGUGAAAAGAGAAUGGUAGAACCUGCCCACUCAGAAGAAGUUGAAUUUGGAAUAGAAAAUAUUCCCACUGAAUGGGAAGCUUGGGUCCGAGGACGGAGAAAGGAACCACCCACUAUGGAGGAAAUUCUGGCCAAUGAAGAAUAUAGAAGAGUGAUAAAAAUGCGUGCCCAGGAAGUAGAGGAGAAGGAGAGACGUGCGCAAGAGAAGGGGUAUGAGGAAGGACUUGUUGCUAAAUCUGUUAAAACUCAAGUCAAAGGGCACGCCUCUGCUACAUACUAUGCAAAGGAUGAACCGUCAUCAGAACCCUCAAGCACAGCAAACACCUUCCAACCUGGGAGCUGGACACCAUCAGAGAGCUCCAGCAAAAAACAAUAAUUGUUUUUGGCUCCUGUUUUAAAGGAGUUUUGUUGUGGGACUAACAGCUUGCAAUCCAAGAAUUUCUGCACACAUAUGCACACACAAGAUGCCUUUGUUGUAAUUGGGAAUAAAGAUUAUUCUGAAAAUU